AAAACGCGCUUGCGAUUUGACCACCACCAUCGAACAGCAAGGGCCCAAACUCGGCGACAACGUUAUUCCAAAGCAGGUGCUGUCGGCAUAUCGCGCAAGCGCAGCGUGACUAGAUUAUUGAUCGUCGAGCGUUCCGCUGUUUUGGGUCACCUCUCUCAUCACACUCUCUCCCUUCCCUCCUUCUUCUACUCUCUCUCCCCUUCUCUCUGAGCACCUGGAUGAUCCAACAAACUAAUGCUCGUCAGGCUGGAACGAGCCUUCGUGGAGGAGCUGUGGACGGUUCAGAACUUACUUGGGGCUUGUGGUCUGGGAGAAAGUUGUACGCUCUGGAGGUCAUUCAGAACCCGUUAAGAGCUAGGAUGUGUGGAUUUGGGGACAAGGAUCGACGACCGCUAGCACCAGCAGCGGUAGUGAAGAUGGUAGUUAAACGAGAAGAUGACACUGUUGUAGAUGUCGACGAAGUGGAUUGCUCCUUCUUCCUAGUAACAGUCGAUCUGUGGUCUGGGGACGGAAAACAAGAAAUGAACCUAGUCCUACACCCUUCGUCGUCCGAACGAUACGUCCAACAGACCCCAAAGUCAAGUAGCAACACCAGGCGGCGUGCGUCUAAAAGUGGACAACCGCCCAACCCGACUCGAACGCCCACGCCGACACAGACGCCGACAUCCCCCGAGCAGCCGUACCCGCCAUAUCCGCCGCCCACUACUGACCUUGCAUAUCCAGAGACUACGCCGACAUGGGGAUACCCCAGUAAUUCCUUCCCACCCCAGCAACCACCCCAGUCAUUCGGCCGAGAACCAUGGCAAGAGAAACGACCCCCACCUACGCCUUCGAUCCCGCCUCUUCCUCGACACACCUACACGCGCACCCUCGUCGGUCCGCUCUCUGCCAAUGCCACCCGACUCCUAGACGAGCACCGCAAACCAGGGAUUUUCUUCCUCUUCCAGGACCUGUCCGUUCGCACUGAGGGUACAUUCCGCUUGCGUUUGAGGCUGAUGAACGUCGGUGCUCCGCCUGCACCUGAAGCGGGGGCGUCGGGGGUGCAUACGGACGUGUCACCUGUGCUAGCGCAGACGUUCACGGAGCCAUUUACGGUGUUUUCGGCAAAGAGGUUUCCUGGUGUUCCGGGUAUCGGUGGAUGUUCGACCCUGAUUGGAUUAGCCCGGUUUUCUCAGCCUAGUCAAUACAAGGCAAUCAAUGAUUGUCCUCAUGGGAAACAAGAAAUGAACCUGGUCCUACACCCCUCCUUAGCUGAACGAUACGUCCAGCAGCAGCAGCAGACACCAAAGUUAUCUGAAAAGAAACGAUCCUCGCCUACGCCUUUGUUCCCGUCUCUUCCUCGACACACAUAUACACGCACCCUCAUUGGUCCUAUCACUGCCAACGCUACCCGCCUUCUGGACGAGCACCGCAAGCCAGGGAUAUUCUUCCUCUUCCAAGACUUAUCUGUCCGUACUGAGGGUACAUUUCGCUUGCGUCUGAGGCUGGUUAACGUUGGAGCGCCUCCUGCACCUGAAGCGGGGGCGUCGGCAGUGCAUACGGGUAUAUCGCCUGUGCUGGCACAGACGUUCACGGAGCCAUUUACGGUGUUUUCGGCCAAGAGGUUUCCUGGUGUUCCGGAUAUGACAGGCUUGUCUAUUGCGCUUGGAAAUCAGGGACAGAAACUUCCUUUGCGGAGUCGGAAUGGGUCGAAUAAGCGACGGCGGUAUGAUUCUAGUUCGGAGGAUAUGGAUGGUGCGUAGUUGUAGAUCUAUCCGGUUUUUUCGUAUUCGUUACAUGUAUUGCUGUACUUUUUGUAUAACGGAAGAAUAUAUGGUCUUUUUAUAGUCAGACGGCUAGAGUCGUAAUACCGCUCGUGGAUUAACGUCGAUUUAACCUUCCUGGAUACGAGGAUCC